AUGAAAGAAUUAGUUGCCACCGAUAAUAAUACUUCAGAGCAACAUGAAGAGAUGGCUGGCGGUGGUGAUCCGAAAUGGCAGAAAGAUGCAGCGGACCAGAACUUCGACUACAUGUUCAAACUUCUCAUCAUAGGAAACAGUUCUGUGGGAAAAACAAGUUUUUUGUUCCGAUAUGCGGAUGACUCGUUCACCUCAGCCUUCGUAUCGACCGUGGGUAUUGACUUCAAGGUGAAGACAGUCUUCCGUCAUGACAAACGCGUCAAACUCCAGAUAUGGGAUACAGCAGGUCAAGAGCGUUAUCGCACUAUCACCACAGCAUAUUACCGAGGCGCUAUGGGUUUUAUUUUGAUGUAUGAUAUAACCAAUGAAGAAAGCUUCAACAGCGUCCAGGAUUGGGUGACACAGAUCAAAACCUAUUCAUGGGACAACGCGCAAGUAAUUUUGGUAGGCAAUAAGUGUGAUAUGGAAGAAGAACGGGUGGUGAGCGCUGAGAGGGGCAGGCAGCUCGCAGAACAACUCGGCGUCGAGUUUUACGAAACAAGUGCUAAGGAAAACAUCAACGUCAAGGCUGUGUUUGAAAGACUCGUCGACAUAAUCUGCGAUAAAAUGUCCGAAAGUUUGGAUUCCGAACCAGCCAUGUUGGCCGGAGGAGCGCGUGGGCAACGUCUCACUGAACAACCACAGGGUAACAGCACCCCCAAUUGCAACUGUUAA